GACCCACCCACCCCCGCUGCAGAGCAAUACAACACACAGAGAGGCACAGCAUAGCCUUUUCAAACUUUUCUUUCUGCCUGUCGGCUCAUUCGUUCCUUCUAUCUCCGAUUCAACAUUGCCGUUGAAUCUCAAGCCUUGAUUCAUGGACCGCGCUCGCCGGCUGGCCAACCGGGCGACUCUCCGGCGGCUACUUUCCGACGCCAAGAACUGCCGCCGCAAUGAAUCUCCGGCGGCAUCUGGCUCCCCCGUCCUCUACUCCCCUUCCAGGUACGUCUCCUCGCUGUCUCCCUAUCUGUUCCACGCCAAAUCCGAGGCGUUCUCGGCGCGGAACGCGUCGCGCAAUGUAGGCUCGCAGCUUCGAUCCAUUUCGGUCGAGGCCCUGAAGCGGAGCGACACGUUCCCGCGCCGCCACAACUCGGCCACGCCGGAGGACCAGGCCAAAAUGGCCGAGCUUUGUGGAUUUUCUACCCUAGAUUCGCUUGUUGACGCCACCGUGCCUAAGUCGAUUCGUCUCGAGACGAUGAAGCUCCCUAAGUUUGAUGAAGGGUUAACCGAGAGCGAAAUGAUUGAGCACAUGAAGGAUUUAGCGUCUAAGAAUAAGGUUUACAAAUCGUUCAUUGGGAUGGGGUAUUACAAUACUUUUGUUCCGCCUGUGAUUUUGAGGAACAUUAUGGAAAAUCCUGGCUGGUAUACGCAGUAUACGCCUUACCAGGCCGAGAUUGCGCAGGGCCGGCUUGAAUCCCUGCUUAAUUUCCAGACCAUGAUCUCGGAUCUCACUGGCCUCCCCAUGUCGAAUGCCUCGUUGCUCGAUGAGGGAACAGCUGCAGCGGAGGCAAUGGCUAUGUGUAAUAACAUUCUAAAGGGUAAAAAGAAGACUUUUGUCAUCGCCAGUAAUUGCCAUCCACAGACAAUUGACAUUUGUAAGACUAGAGCUGACGGGUUUGAUCUUAAAGUGGUUGUUUCCGACCUCAAAGACAUUGAUUACAAAUCGGGGGAUGUUUGUGGGGUGCUGGUGCAGUAUCCAGGGACUGAGGGUGAAGUUUUGGACUAUGGGGAAUUCAUAAAGAAUGCGCAUGCGAAAGGGGUUAAGGUAGUCAUGUCGACCGAUCUGUUGGCCCUGACAAUGUUGAAGCCUCCAGGUGAAUUGGGUGCAGAUAUUGUUGUUGGUUCAGCCCAAAGGUUUGGUGUCCCAAUGGGGUAUGGAGGUCCUCAUGCCGCUUUCCUGGCCACUUCGCAAGAGUACAAGAGGAUGAUGCCAGGAAGAAUUAUUGGCGUGAGUGUUGAUUCCUCGGGAAAGCCUGCUCUGCGCAUGGCGAUGCAGACCAGGGAGCAACAUAUCCGGAGGGAUAAGGCUACAAGCAAUAUCUGCACUGCUCAGGCAUUGCUCGCAAACAUGGCUGCUAUGUUUGCUGUUUACCAUGGUCCAGAAGGCCUCAAAACCAUUGCCCAAAGGGUGCACGGUCUUGCGGGGACAUUUGCUGCUGGCCUGAAGAAACUAGGGACAGUAGAAGUUCAAGGACUUCCCUUCUUUGACACCGUGAAGGUUAAAUGUGCUGAUGCCAAGGCGAUUGCAGAUGCUGCCAGCAAGAGUGAUAUGAAUCUGCGGAUUGUGGACCAGAAUACUGUCACUGUUUCUUUUGAUGAAACAACCACCAUAGAAGAUCUGGACAAGCUCUUUAAAGUUUUUGCAAGUGGAAAGCCUGUGACGUUUACUGCUGAGUCUCUUGCACCAGAGGUUCAGAACAUGAUCCCUUCCAGCCUUGUUAGACAUAGCCCCUAUCUGACUCACCCAAUUUUCAACUCGUGCCAUACAGAACAUGAGCUACUUAGGUACAUUCAUAAAUUACAAUCGAAAGAUCUUUCACUAUGCCAUAGCAUGAUCCCCCUGGGUUCUUGUACAAUGAAGUUGAAUGCAACAACAGAAAUGAUGCCUGUGACGUGGCCCAGCUUCACUGAAAUUCACCCUUUUGCCCCUACUGAGCAGGCUGAAGGUUAUCAGGAAAUGUUCAAUGAUUUGGGUGAGUUAUUGUGUGCCAUCACUGGAUUUGACUCUUUCUCUUUGCAACCCAAUGCCGGUGCUGCUGGCGAGUAUUCUGGUCUGAUGGUCAUCCGUGCUUAUCAUAAGGCAAGAGGGGACCAUCAUCGCAAUGUGUGCAUUAUUCCAGUCUCCGCACAUGGGACAAAUCCUGCAAGUGCUGCCAUGUGUGGAAUGAAAAUUGUUGCUGUAGGAACUGAUGCCAAGGGAAACAUCAACAUUGAAGAAUUAAGGAAGGCUGCUGAAGCAAAUAAGGAGAAUCUGUCUGCUCUUAUGGUCACAUAUCCUUCAACUCAUGGGGUUUAUGAAGAAGGUAUUGACGAGAUAUGUAAGAUAAUACAUGACAAUGGGGGCCAAGUUUACAUGGAUGGCGCCAACAUGAAUGCCCAGGUUGGUUUGACUAGCCCGGGUUGGAUUGGUGCUGAUGUUUGCCAUCUCAAUCUCCACAAAACAUUCUGUAUUCCA